CCAUAAGGCGGCUCCGCAUGACAAACAGCCCAAGAAGCCAUGACGGAUUUGUAAAUGAAUCAUGGUAGUCAGACCUUUUGAAUUAAUUUGUUGGUCCAGUUCAGCAAAAACAGUCUGAAUCUGGAUCUGACUGAGCCGGUUCUCGACUUUACCAGCUCACAGUGGUUAACAGCUCACUAGGGAGGAAUAUUUUUAUUGACAAACAUAUACAUUUCAGUCCGUUUCACACACAAAUCUAUCGGCUUCGGAAGACUUGGAAUAUAGCGCAAGAGUGUCUAUUCCCUGCUAGAGAUGCACUGAUAAGCCGUUGGCUGGAGUGGAAGACUUGAGCACAGGGAACACAGAUGCUCUACAUGUAUUAGACAGACACACACACUCACUGUAAGAUGCCAGCUCAUCUGAGCCUGGCAGAACAGGAGCGGGAGUGGAGGAAGACAGAGCUGGGUCUCGCUGCGAUCUCGGAGAAGGGACGGAUGAAGAUGUGCGACACUGCGAGGAAGCAGAGAGGUUCCAGAUCUGAUGUUAAACCCACAGCCCUGGAGCAAAAAAGAAAAGCAUGUGCUCCACUGAACAUCAAAUCAGCACAGAUUAAUAUCAGCAAACGAAAUGGAAAUAAUACAGAAUUAAAUGUUCUGAAAGUGGACGAGAGACUGCGAUUGGCCCGGGAACGCAGAGAGGCAUACCAAAAACAGCUGGCACUGCGCGAGCGCGGUUGGCUGGCGAGGGAAGAGCGGGCCAAGCAGUUCUACGAGAAACACCUUGAGGAGCGAAAGAAGAGGUUGGAGGAGCAGCGACAAAGAGAGGAAAGGAGGAGGAUGGCGGUUGAGGAGAAGCGCAAACAGAGACUCAAAGAAGAAAGAGAGCGUUAUGAGUCUGUGGUGCAGAAGACGAUGGAGAAAAGUCAGAAGGCCAAACAGAAACCUGGCCACUGCUCACGAAGGGUCGCCAAGAAUGAAAACAAUAAUGCUAAACGUCGCUCUCUUAGUCAAUGGGAGAUUGACCUUGUCCGUCGUCUUCAGACUCCUACCGUCUCUUAUCUAGCCAGAAGCAAGAGUGCUGUGUGUCUGUCACGAGACACAGUUGUUCAUAUUUGUCGUCGUUCAGCCUCAUGUCAUACCAUGAACUCAAGCAUCACACGCAAGCUCCAGGUGCACUGCGGGAAAGUGGCAAACAGGCCUGUAAGCUCAAGUCCAAACAUCGCCAUCCGAAGAACCACCAACAGAGAGCUGGCGGUAAAAGGCAAUUUUGUGGGACUGGACUUGAAAAAGCCACAGCUACAAACAACAACAAACAAAAUCAAGCCCAAACAGGACACAAAACCACCAGAGAAUACUGUCCUCCCAACAUCACGGCUGCAGAACAGAUCACAUAUCAGACAAGCCACACUUAAACAAGACAGUUUGCCUCCACUGCAAGAAGAGGAGGAUCUAGAAUCUGAGGAAUCGCUUGCUCAACAAUGUCUGCAAGAUAACCAACUCCUGUCGAAUCCAGCUACUAAUGGGCCUUCCAACCCAUCAGCAGGCUCUCAGAUUCCUAAUGGACCAAGUCAGAUUGGUGACGUAGCACAAUUGAGAGCUGCUGCAUGGACUACAGAUGCUGAAGAGGCCACUCGCCUGCUGACUGAGAAAAGAAGACAAGCUCGACUCCAGAGAGAGAAGGAGGAAGAGGAGUGCAGACUGAAAGAGGAGAUGGAAAGAAAGAACAGAGAGGAACUGGCCCGUCAAAGAGUUGAAGAACGAGCCAGACAAGAAGCAGAGGCCCUCAAACUGGAAGAGGAGAAGAAGAAGACCGAGGAAGAAGAGCGACUCAAGGCUGAAGAGGAAAACACUCGCAGACAGAAAGAGGAAGAAAAUAAGCUUCAGCAGCAGAGGGAGCAAGAGGCUCGUCAGAGGGUGCUGGAAGAGCAGCAGAGACUGGAAAGAGAGAGUCGUUUCCAGAAAGAGGAGGCCGAACGCCAAGAAAGGAAAAAGCGUCUGGAAGAAAUCAUGAAAAGAACAAGAAAGACAGAGUCUGAUAACAAGAAAACUGCGUCAGUGAAGGACAACUUGCCUUGUGAGAACAUGAAGCCUGUAAUCAGGCUACCAGGAACAGGACAAGUGCCAAAACUGGAGCUGAGGGACGAGGAGGAUAUGCUUCCUACUGUGGCCUUUAAGGAGCGACGGUCCUUCCGCAGUCUUUCUGGCCUGGAUGAGAUACAAGCCCAUCAGCAAACCGAGGUUAUUUAACCCACGGACCCGUCAUAUGAUGCCAAGACCAUCAGAGCAACUUCAGCAAGCUUGUCUUUCUGAACAACACAAAACAUCAUAUGCACUUAAUUUCCCUGCACUUUAAUAAUCCUGUAGUUUAAUAGUCACACUUCUUUAUCUGUAUUACAAUUCUCGACUGCCCAGUUAAAUGCCUAAAUUACAGCUUUAUUUGCUAGAGUGACAUCAUGCAUCGCUCAGAAGCCAGAUAAGUUUUGGUAUGUGGUAAGAUUCACUUAAUAACAAUAAUGAUAGUAAUAAUAAUAAUACUUGAAUAAUACUUAAAGAUA